AUGUGUCAUUCUUUUUUCUCAACUGAACUUCCCUAUGUUUCGCACUGUUUGCUUUGCACGGCAGCCUGGCAAAAGAAGUAUUUCAAUCCUUUCUCUCAAGGACUGAGCAAGAAACCAGAGACGAGCGUUUCCCCUCCACCUGCCCAUGCUCCACCGGUGGAAAGCCUCAAGGGAAAGGACUUGUACCAGGCGCUCGAGCAACUUCCGAGCGACUGGAGAGAUUUCCUAGCGGAUGAGACGGACAAAGAAUACUUCAAGGACCUCAACGAUUUCUACGUGGAUGAGGUUUCCAAAGGCGCUACUGUCUACCCUCCCACUCGAGACAUCUUCGGGGCCUUCUGCCUCUGCCCUCUCGACCAAGUCUCAGUCAUCAUCGUCGGGCAGGAUCCGUACCACGGCCCCGGGCAGGCGCACGGGCUGGCGUUCUCCGUCCGUCAAGGCGUGGCGCCUCCGCCGAGCUUGCAGAACAUCUUCAAGGAACUCGAGUCGGACCCAGCCGUCAGCUUCCAACGGCCUCGCCAUGGCUGCUUGGAGGGAUGGGCGAAGCAGGGAGUUCUCCUACUCAACACCUGCCUCACUGUCCGCGCUGGGCAGGCCCUCUCUCACCAGGCGAAGGGAUGGGAGAAAUUCACCGACGCCGUGAUCUCCAAGCUAGACAAGCAGUGCGAUGGACUCGUCUUCCUCCUCUGGGGUCAGCCAGCAGCAAAGAAGUGCUCGAGUGUGGAUGAGAGCAAGCACAUGGUGCUGAAAGCUCCCCAUCCUUCGCCGCUGUCCGCUAGGCGAGGCUUCUUCGGAUGCAAGCACUUCUCUCUCUGCAACGAGUAUCUUUCCGCACAGAGCAAGAAGGAGAUCAAUUGGCAGACAUGA